AUGGCGACCAAAGAAUUGACUCCGGAGGAAAAGCUCGCCCUCAUCAAGCAGAAUCUAGACGAGGUGAUGAAGGAGGAUAUUAUUGAGAACAUUGUUCUGAAAGAACAGAGACCGCUCGUCAUUUACUGGGGUACUGCUACCACUGGCCGACCACACUGCGGCUACUUUGUCCCCAUGAUGAAGAUCGCACACUUCCUACGGGCCGGGUGCAAAGUGAAGGUGCUUCUCGCCGAUGUACAUGGCUUUCUCGACAACCUCAAGGCGCCCAUCGAGCUUGUCAAAUAUCGUGCCGAAUACUACAAAUUCAUCAUCUCUUCACUGUUACGAGCGGUCGGCGUCAGUCUGGAGAAGUUGGAGUUUGUUCUUGGUUCGUCGUACCAACUCAGCGCAGAUUAUGCCAUGGACCUUUUCCGAUUGAGCACUAUCGUCACCGAACAUGAUGCGAAGAAAGCUGGAGCCGAGGUAGUUAAACAAGUCGACAACGCUACUCUAUCGGGUUUGAUCUAUCCGCUAAUGCAGUCUCUUGACGAGCAACACCUGGGGGUGGAUGCUCAAUUUGGUGGUGUCGACCAGAGAAAGAUCUUUGCCCUGGCGCAGGAGACAUUGAGCAAGGUGGGCUACAAGACCCGUGCUCACUUGAUGAAUCCCAUGGUGCCCGGACUGGCUGGCGGCAAGAUGUCUGCGUCCGAUCCCGACUCCAAGAUUGACAUUCUAGAUACGGCUGAUGCUGUCAAGAAGAAGCUCAGGAAGGCUUACGCUGCGGCUGGCGAAGUUGAGGGCAACGGGAUCAUCUCGUUCGUCGAGUACGUUCUGCUUCCUUUGACGGCUCUGAGGCGAGAAGAUGGCAAGGGGAACUUUGUGAUCGAGCGAAACGAGGGAGAGCCGCUGGUCUACACCGACAUCAGCCAGCUCAAGGAAGAUUACAAGGCAGACAGAUUAACGCCACAAUUACUGAAAGCGGCCACGAGUGCGGCUCUGGCUGACCUUCUCGCUCCGAUUCGGGCGGAGUUUGAAGCUACUCCUGAAUGGCAGGAGAUUGAAAAGAAGGCGUACCCACCAGCGGAACCGGUGAAGAAGAAGAAGCAGCCCAAAGACAAAGGCUCUCGCUACCCAGGUGCAGUCAAAGCCAAUCCUGAUGGUUUGGUACAAGGUAAGGACAAGCAAGAAGUGGACGUCGCCAAUAGUGCGACAGAAGCUCUGCAGAACCUUGCUGUGAAUGGGGAAAAGUCAUAG